UCUUCCUCUUCUUCUUUUAUCUCUCUCUGUCUCUCUAGUAUUUUCUUUCUUCCCUGGGAUUCUCCCCGUCUUUCUCUCUCUAAGUAUUAACAGCUUAGAGAGCCGUAGAAAUUUAAAUGGGUGUCCACCAUUUUCGCAGAAAUCUCCUUUUUCUAGUUCCUUUGCUUCUGAUCUCAUUUGAAAUUGUUUUGGGUCGCUUCGUGGUGGAGAAGAGCAGCAUCUCUGUAUUAACGCCUCACAAUUUGAGGGGGAAGCAUGACAGUGCUAUUGGAAACUUUGGGAUCCCUGACUAUGGUGCCUCCUUGAUUGGGAGUUUAUUAUACCCACAAAAGGGACCAUCUGGUUGUAAAUCCUUUCAAGAAUUGGGGGUCUCUUUCCCUUCUGGUCGCCCCCUGGUUGUAUUAGUAGACCGUGGUGGCUGCUACUUUGCACUAAAGGUGUGGAAUGCGCAACAAGCCGGUGCAGCUGCUGUCCUUGUAGCAGACGACCAAGAUGAGCCCCUAAUAACCAUGGACUCCCCUGAAGAGGACCAUGAAGCCAAGAACUAUGUAUCGAAAAUCAAUAUACCCUCUGCCCUCAUCGAGAGAUCUGUUGGAGACACCCUAAGAAAGGCCUUGGACAAAGGGGAUAAGGUCACCAUUAGGCUCGACUGGCGAGAGUCCAUGCCUCACCCUGAUGAGCGUGUGGAGUAUGAGCUUUGGACCAAUAGCAACGAUGAGUGUGGUCCUCGAUGUGAUGAGCAAAUGAAGUUUGUUAAGGAAUUUAGAGGCCAUGCUCAAGUUCUCGAGAAAAGGGGAUACACUCUUUUUACACCGCAUUACAUUACAUGGUUCUGCCCCGAGGCCUUUCUACUUAGUAAGCAAUGUAAGUCUCAGUGCAUAAACCAUGGAAGGUAUUGUGCUCCAGAUCCUGAGCAGGAUUUCAGCGUAGGUUAUGAUGGGAAGGAUGUGGUGGUGGAGAACUUGAGGCAAUUGUGUGUGCAUAGGGUUGCUAAUGAAAGUGGGAGACCUUGGGUUUGGUGGGAUUAUGUAACCGAUUUCCACAUUCGGUGCUCCAUGAAGGAUAAGAUGUACAAUGGGCAAUGUGCUGAGGAUGUGAUCGAAUCUCUUGGGUUGGCUGUCGAAAAUAUUAGGAAAUGUAUGGGAGAUACAGAUGCUGAUGCAGAGAAUCCAGUGUUGAAAGCUGAGCAAGAUCUUCAGGUUGGGCGGGGAUCUCGCGGUGACAUCACCAUCUUGCCAACUCUUGUAAUUAACAACGUACAGUAUCGAGGGAAACUUGAGAGGACAGCUGUGUUGAAGGCUAUAUGUGCUGGGUUUAAGGAGACUACAGAUCCACCAGUUUGUUUAAGUGGAGAUAUAGAGACCAAUGAGUGCCUUGAAAGAAAUGGGGGCUGUUGGCAAGACACAAAAGCUAACAUAAGUGCCUGCAAGGACACUUUCAGGGGUCGUGUCUGUGAAUGCCCUGUGAUGAAUGGUGUUCAGUAUCAUGGAGAUGGUUAUACCUAUUGUGAAGCUAUGGGGCCUGCAAGAUGUGCAGUGAACAAUGGUGGCUGCUGGUCAGAAACAAGGAAUGGACGGACAUUUUCAGCAUGCUCAGGGAACGUUCUUAAAGGUUGUCAGUGUCCACGUGGCUUUCAUGGGAAUGGUCAUACUUGCGAAGACAUUGAUGAAUGUAAGGAAGGGCGUGCCUGUCAGUGUGAUGGUUGCAGUUGUAAGAAUACAUGGGGUGGAUUUGAUUGCAAAUGCAGAGGGGACCUUCUAUACAUUUCAGAGCAGGAUGCAUGCGUUGGUAAGAAUACCUCAAGAUUCGGGUGGUUCCUAACAAUCUUGGUCUUAUCUGGAUUUGUUGGAGUUGGGUUUGCAGGAUUUGUAUUCUACAAAUACAGGCUUCGGUCUUACAUGGACUCGGAGAUCAUGGCUAUCAUGUCACAGUACAUGCCACUUGAUAACCAGCAGAAUGAGGUUCAUCCAUUACGACAGGACACUGUUUAAGCUUGCGAAACACGAAAAAUUAGAGUUGUGAUGCUGUGAAUCACACAGUACAAGUGAGAGCCUUCCCUUUGAGUUGAUUGAUGGCAGAUGAAGAUGUUUGUGGGUGCUGUGCUAACCAGGAGACUCUCUCACCUUGUAAUGUUCACAAGUUUAUAUGCAUAGAAUGAUAGUUUUGAAUCGUUGAGCAUGUUGAACUAUAUUGUACAGAGAUAAUAAAGGAUCUUGAUGUAGAUUAGUGAAUAAGGCGGACUUGGAUGAAUGAGAUACGGGUAAAGAAAUAGCAGUGGAUGUAAAUGAAUGAAAAUAUAAGUCAAAGAGAUAUUGCUGGAUUUCCUUUGAUUC